AUGGGCUUUACACUUUCAGAUUUUCCCGCCAGAACCAUAACUACCAAAACUACCACCAUUUUACAAGUUCCAGACAAUCCCAAAACCUUAAUUCUUGAAAAAUGCAGGACUACUAGGGAUCUCAACCAAGUCCAUGCCCACCUGAUCAAGACCCGCCUCCUUCACAACCCAAAUGUAGCCAAUCCCCUUCUAGAAUCAGCCGCACUUCUCCUCCCAAAUCCCUCUAUCAACUAUGCGCUUAACAUCUUUCAUGAUCUCGAAAAACCCGACUCAGCGGCCUACAAUGCCAUGAUCAGGGGCUUGACGUUGAAACAAUCUUCUAAUGAGGCCAUCCUUUUUUUCAGGCAAAUGAUCGAACACUUAGUGAAACCUGAUAAAUUUAGUUUCUCUAGUGUCUUGAAGGCCUGUUCCAGGCUUAAAGCUUUGAUGGAAGGUCAACAGAUUCAUGCCCAGAUUUUCAAAUGUCAGUGGAGUUGCAAGCAUGAAGAGCUUGUCAACAAUGCGUUGGUUUAUAUGUAUGCCAGUUGCGGUGAGAUGGUGCUUGCGCGUCGGGUGUUUGAUGGUAUGAGUGAGAGAAGCACGAUCACGUGGAAUUCGAUGUUUUCUGGGUAUGUUAAAAGUGGAUUCUGGGAAGAAGUUACACGGUUGUUUAGGGAAAUGUUGGAUAUGGAAGUUCAGUUUGAUGGGGUUACACUGAUUAGCGUUUUGACUGCCUGCAGGAAGUUGGGGGACUUGGAAUUGGGACAGUGGAUAGAUGACUAUGUAGAAGUAAAUGGACUAAUGGGAAAUGCUAAUUUAGUUACCUCACUUUUUGACAUGUACGCAAAGUGCGGUUGUGUGGAUGCAGCCAGGAGAUUAUUUGAUAGGAUGCCUCGAAAGGAUGUUGUCGCAUGGAGUGCCAUGAUUGCUGGCUAUAGCCAGGCAAAUCGAGGCAAGGAUGCACUUUCUCUGUUCCAUGAGAUGCAAAAGGCCAAUGUGGAACCAAAUGAGGUUACUAUGGUUACUGUGCUUUCGUCCUGUGCUCUUCUUGGAGCUUUAGAAACUGGAAAAUGGGUACAUUCCUAUAUUAAGAAAAAGAAGUGGAAGCUCACUGUCACUCUUGGGACUGCAUUAGUGGAUUUCUAUGCCAAGUGUGGUUGUGUUGAUAGUGCAGUUGAAGUGUUCCAAGAGAUGCCUUCAACAAAUGUAUUGUCAUGGACAGCGCUAAUUCAAGGUCUUGCUAGUAAUGGACAAGGGGUAAGGGCUCUGGAGUACUACAGUUUGAUGCAGCAACAGAACAUUGCACCAAAUGAUGUCACAUUCAUUGGUGUUCUGUGUGCCUGUAGUCAUGCAGGCUUAGUUGAUCAGGGUUGGGCUUUCUUUACAAGUAUGACUAGAGAUUUUGGCUUUGAACCGAGGAUUGAACACUGUGGUUGCAUGGUUGAUAUUCUUGGUCGGGCAGGAAGGAUUGAAGAAGCCUACAACUUUAUCAAAAGCAUGACUACCAAGCCCAAUGCUGUAGUAUGGAGGACAUUGUUGGCUUCAUGUAGAUUUCAUAAGAAUGUUGAAAUUGCUGAGGAAUCACUGAAGCAAGUUGUGAGAUUGGAGCCUGCGCAUGCUGGUGAUUACAUACUUCUUUCCAAUGUCUAUGCUUCAGUUGGUAGAUUGGAAGAUGCUUUAAGGGUAAGGAGUCAGAUGAAAGAAAUUGGAGUAAAGAAAAGUCCUGGAUGUAGCUUGAUUGAACUAGAUGGGGUCAUUCACGAGUUUUUGGCUGAAGACAGUUUACAUCCUGAUUUAGAGGAUAUUUACACGGCAAUAGAUCACAUCAUGAAGCGGAUAAAAUUGGCAGGGUAUGUUCCAAACACGGCUGAGGGGAGGUUAGAUGCAGAGGAAGAUGGUAAGGAAGCUUCCAUAUCUCACCAUAGCGAAAAGCUGGCCAUUGCUUUUGGCCUUCUUAAAACUACUCCUGGGGCUACGAUUAGAAUAUCCAAGAAUCUUAGGAUAUGUACAGAUUGUCAUAAUGCAGCAAAAUUGAUAUCAACAGUUUUCGAUAGAGUACUUGUCAUUAGGGACAGGAACCGUUUCCACCAUUUUGCAGGGGGGACAUGUUCCUGCAAUGAUUUUUGGUAGGAUAUUUAACAAACAGGGACUCAAAUCGAUCCUUUUAUGGAGAGAUUAAGCCAGUAGAUUUAGUACAGUGACAACUUUCUUCUUAACUUUUUUUUUCUUCCCUCCUCUUGUUUGUGCA